AUGCGUCCCCUCACCGAGUCCGAGACGCAAACGCUCUUCUCCAAGCUCGCAAACUACACUGGGAGCUCUCUCAACAACCUGAUUGCUCCUCCUUCCUCCUCAGAGGGCGGCGACGAUGACGAGCGAUAUGUUUUCCGCCUACACGGAUCCCGAGUGUACUAUGUUCGUUUGUCGAUAGCCAACCUUGCAACAUCCAUCGCGCGGCCGAACCUUCUCUCCGUCGGUACAUGUCUUGGGAAAUUUACCAAGACAGGGAAGUUCAGACUACACAUUACAGCUCUGGAUGCGAUCGCGCCCCAUGCACGCUAUAAGGUGUGGAUUAAGCCCAAUGGCGAGAUGCCUUUCCUGUACGGCGGAAAUGUCGUCAAGGCGCAUGUUGGGCGUUGGAGCGAGGAUUGCCCGGAGCAUCAAGGGGUUGUAGUAAUGUCGAUGGAUGACACUCCUCUGGGCUUUGGCGUAACGGCUCGCUCGACAGCCGAGGCCCGUCGAUUAGAUCCAACAGGAAUCACAGCUUUCAGGCAGGGUGAUAUUGGAGAGUACUUAAGAGAAGAGGAUACAUUAUUUCAGACAACCUAG